AUGAAAUUCUGGCGAGAGAAUUGGGCUCACAGAGAAGAAUUGAUCAUCUCCGAAUUGAAAACCCAUCAUUUUGUCAUUUUAGAUAAUUUUCUCACCUUCCGCAAUGAUGAUGCAAAGAACAACUUCUUUCAUCAUAUUUCCACGUUGCGAGAUAAAAACGAACUGAUCCGAGAGGAAUCCUAUAUGGAGGAUGAAGAAACAGGACAAGUAACUUCAAUAAGCACCAAUCCCUUCUACACUCUUCAAAUGACUCCAAAACACUUUUCCGACGAUGAACCGAUCAAGAAUGAAUUGACGUAUUUUGUUGAAACUGUUGGCACUUGGUUUCAGAAAUUACUUUUUGAAAAGAUCUUUGAUUCAACGAACAAUAACAUCAUGAAUGAAGCUCAUCGGGCUGGAAACGAAAAAGAAAAUACAGGAAAUACUAGUAACGCUGAAAGCAAGUUCUUUUUUAAUAAGGUCGCUCUAUGUGAAGAUUUCAAUAAUGAUUUACCAUUACAUUUCGAUAAUUAUUCGAAUGAUUCCAGGAAAAUUACAGUUGUGUAUUAUUGUACCCCUUAUCGAGAGGAGGAGAAUGGAGAAAAUUCAAACGAUUUGGACAUGAAUGGAGCGAACAAAAGAAAUUGGACUGGUGGAAAUCUCAGAAUUUAUAAACCUUCCAAACACUUGUAUAACAAUUAUUGGGAGAGUGAAAAAUUGGACAUUGAACCAAAAUUCAAUCGAGCAGUUGUGUUUUUCAGUGAUACGGUGGUUCAUGGUGUGACAGAAACGUUACCAAACGAUUCAUCAGAUGGAUAUGAGCAAGUACCGUUGAAGAUGUCACCUCCUCGAACGACCAUCACUACAUGGAUUCAUUGUAAUGACAUGUCACGUAUUUGUGAGGACAAAAUAUUGCAUCAACGACAAAUGCUCAAGUUUUUCCAACCUUAA